UGUCCACCUGUAUGCGGUUCUGCGAAUAUCUUUUUUCAUCGCUUUUUCCUACCAUUGCUGCUAAAUCAAUAAAUGUUUUCUUUGACAUGCGGAAAAGUUUAGAGAGUUGAAAGUUAUCAUAGCUAAUAAAAAUUUUUUUCUGAAAAAAAAGAUUUCUCCCAUAUUAAGUGAUGAUAAAAAUAAUCAGAAAUUAUAUACGAGCUUUUCUAAAAUAAACAACAAAACCGCGGUUAAAACCAACGCGUUCAAGCGAUUCGAGUAACUGACGUCAUCAACCCGUGUGUCAUCUUGAACCAUACUAUAACCGCGAUACAUAACUCAGAAAUUUUGGUUAUUCGCUUGGAUUUGAUUCAUGUAUAAAUUUCAAUCUCAUUGUAAAUGUCAUUUCCUUUUCCCAUUUUCCACACUACUGGAAUGCAGAAAGGGACAACGAUAAAGGGAAAUUUUGUAAAGAAGGAUCUUGAGGUACUUCUUUCUUGAUCGUUAUGGGUAUUCUUUACGCUUGAUUCAUGGCUACUCUGGCGAUCAUCCACCAUUUCGAAAUAAAACGCUGUUUUAGACUUUGCUUCCUACAUAUUUUUUUCUGUAAUUAAGCUAUACAUCAAUUUUGAAUAUGUCAAUUUCUGUCAAAUUUGAUAAGUUAUGUCGUCUUUGCUAAUUUGUUUAUCCAGGCUUUCAACUCCACCUGAUAAGCGUGAAUUGAAAGUUCAUCACUAUUGUCGUCCUUCAUCUACCGAAUCUUCAAAAAUCUCGAAUUUUGCAUUCUGUGCAUUUCGCCAUUUUAUAUGUUUAUGCCGACUCGUCGUCUAACUGUAACCGUUAUGUUUUGAAAAUGCAAAAAUUUUUUGUGGAAGUAAAACGGUGUAGUGAUAUUUGUGAAUGUAUUUCAAUAUGCGCUUAAUUGUAUCUCUUUUGUUCAUAAAAAUUAUUAUUUUGUCCACAAUAUGCUUAAAUUCCGCGGUAUCACCUUCAACGGUUCAUUACAUGGAAAAAGGAGAUACUGUGGAAGUGGGACCUAAAAAUUCGGUGCCUAGACGAGAAUUGAAUAUUUUCUGUCAUAGAGGCAUACCAAAAGGUAUCGUUCAUAUGUGGCUCAGUGUCACGUUGCAUAUUGAUCAUCCAAGCAAUGAUUUCACACAUUAUGAAGGUCCGAACGAAGAAGUAGUGGAAAAGGAGCAUGUAGAUAACCAUUUUAGUUGGUCACUUAACAUAUUUUCUGGUAACAAAAGAAAAAUGUUUAAACUAGAGCCAUUCAAUACAAGCUGCAUUGGAAUUGAUACUAGUAAAAGUUAUAGUGUGCAUUUAGAUGUAAUAAGAUUAGACUUAUGGAAAUUGCUUUUAUUAGUGACUGGAAUAAUAGUAUUUAUGUAUGCUGACAAGCUAAGUUGCAAUACCACUUUUCACUACCUGUGUGGCAUUGCAUUUGGAAUAUGCGCAUCAUUUUUAAUUCUAGUGUACCUUGUGAGCAAAAUGUUUCCAAAGAAAACUUUUAUGUAUGGCAUUAUGGGCUGUGGGUGGACUGUUGUCAUAUACAUAUUACAAAUGCUGUGGGACAAUCUCAGAUUAAUUAUAUCAAGCUAUAGACUGUAUGUUAUGUGGUACACCAUUGCAACAGGAAUCUUAAGUUUCAUCUUAUGUUAUAGAUGGGGGCCAAUAGAAAAUCCACGUACUAUUAACAUAAUAAAAUGGUUCAUGCAGUUUGUCGGUUUAGCUUGCAUUUAUAAGAGUAGUGAUUACCAAGAAGCAGCAAUGGGUCAGAUAGUUAUUUUAUUGAUGACCUACAAUCUACCACAAAAAUGGGUAGCAGCACCUAAAACUUACUGGAAAAAGAAAUUUCCCCCCAAAGUAAAAGUGCUCACAAAUGACGAGUACUAUGAAGAGGGUGUGCGAGAAACAGCUAAGGCUUUAGAAGAACUUAGAAAAUUUUGUUCUAGUCCUGAAUGUAAUCAAUGGAAAUUUGCCAUGAAACUGAAUGAUGUUAAAAGGUUUGCUUCCUUUAUUGAAGGAGAAUCUCACUUGAGUGAUGAUGAAAUCUUAGAAUAUGAGACAUCAAUAAGAGGAGAAAUGACUGAAGAAGAAGAUGAUGAUAUAACAGAAGACAGUGAGGAAUGCUGAAUACAAGACUGAUAGAUCUGAGUUACUUAAACCUGUUCAUUGAUUAUUGUGUAAUACAGUUUUUAUUUUUUUUUAUUGGAGUUUGAAA